UAGAAAAAAAUGGGCAAAAAAAUACUAUCCAGAAUCUAUUUCUGAUAAUAUUAGUGGAUAAGAAUCCACAACGCUUCUUUCUUCACUACAGAACAAAGCCCUUUUUUUAUUUUUUGCCCUCCCUUUACUUCCUCUCAAUUGUAUAUUUCUCCAAUUGUGCUGCUCCUACUUGUACAGAUCGUCUCAUAUCAGCCAUGCAAUUCCACCCCAUUCUUCAUUCUGCCACCUCCUAGCUUCUGCCCAAUCGAACCGGUAACAACCCCAUUUGAGCAAGUUUCUUGAUUUCCCGUGCAGCAGUCUAAAGUAACGAUCUUUGUGGCAUGCAUCUAGUGAUCUGGCUUCGAAAUUGAUUCCUUUUGGCGACUUUGCCGUCCUGGGUUUCUUGCCUGUUUCAUGUUCUGCUUUGAAAGUCUGAUCAUUGAGAAAGGCACAGAGGCCAGUUGGGUUCACUUUUUUUGAAUAAUACAGUUGGGUUCACUUGUUGAGAGAUUUCUGGUAACUGAUUAGCGCUUACCUAUAUAUCUUAUAAACCAGUUCUGCUUUGGUUGGGACUAAGUUGUGAAUUAGAGGUCUUUAUCCUUCAUAUUUUGCUAUAUUUAGUGGCUUGUUGAGGUGUGUUGGCUUGAAUUGAAUAGGAUACAUAAUUUCUCGUCUUUGGGAUCGGUUUAGAAAGGUUAUUUAUUGAUGUUUUAAUGACUGUCCGGUGUGGUUCAGGAAGGAAGAUGGCUAGAUGCCAAGAUGGAACAUUCACAAGCAGCAAAUUGGUUGAAGCUUCUCCCAUUGUGGUAAUAUAUACAUUCUUGUUCAUUUUCCUUCUUAAGCUAAACCAUCCAUGAUUUGGAUCUGUUAGUUGUUAAAUUCCUCUGGAGCAUAAGCAGUUGAAUUUAUUUCUGUGGUAACCAAUCUUGCUAGAGCGAUUCUGCUUUAUGUUUUGGUGCAUUGUCACUUUACUGUGAGCAACAUGAAGAAAGGCCUUGACCUUGCUUAUUGGUUGUCUUGUUCAUCGUAGAUGAGAUACUGCCUUGUGUUUCUCUUUUCAGUCGAGGUGACAGUCUGAUGAAAAAGCUUGUGACUCAUUAUGAACUCACAUGACCGAUUUCGCCCAAUCUCCUCGAAUUCACAAGUUCAACCAUCCUGCCCAUUCUGUACAGGCAAGAAUGAUAGUUGCCAGAUAGUCCGAUCAAGAACUAAGCUAAUGAAUAUUAUGAUGAAGAGAAGGAAGCCCAAAGAAGCCGAAUCCAUAUUCGAUGGUCUAAUGGAAGAUGGACACAAGCCAACCCUUCUAACCUACACCACUCUUGUUGCUGCAUUGACUCGUCAAAGGGGUUUCAAGUCCAUCCUCUCUUUGAUAUCCAACGUUGAAGAAAGUGGGCUGAAACCUGAUUCCAUACUCUCCAACUCGAUCAUCAAUGCAUUUUCUGAAUCUGGAAAUGUAAAAGAUGCAAUGAUAACUUUCCAGAAGAUGAAGAGCAGUGGAUGUAAGCCCACCACCAGCACUGUCAAUACUCUUAUCAAAGCAUAUGGAAAUGCUGGUCAGCCCGAACAAGCAUCAGAGUUGUUGGAGUCAUUGUUAAAGGAAGAAGACGUGAAGCCAAAUGAGAGGACAUACAAUAUACUAGUUAGAGCUUGGUGUAACAAGAGAAACAUUGAUGAAGCUUGGAAUGUGGUAGACAAGAUGGUUGCAUUUGGUUUGAAGCCAGAUGUUGUCACAUUUAACAUACUAGCUAGGGCUUACGCUGAGAUAGGCAUGACGAGCAGAGCAGAAGACUUGUUGUCUGAGAUGCAGAGAAAUGGAUUGGCGCCCAAUGAGCGGACUUGUGGUAUCAUUGUGAAUGGAUAUUGCAAUGAAGGUAAUAUGGUGGAAGCCUCCCGGUUUGUGUACAGGAUGGAAAACCUUGGAGUGCAUCCAAAUCUCAUCGUCUUCAAUUGUCUCAUUAAAGGCUUUGUAGAUAGCCUGGACAAGGAUGGAGUUGAGGAGGUACUUGAUGCUAUGGAGGAGUACGGAAUCAAGCCUGACGUGGUGACCUUCAGCACGAUAAUGGAUGCAUGGGGAUCCACAGGUAUCAUGGACCAAUGCCUAGAGAUAUUCAACGACAUGAUGAAAGCUGGAAUCGAACCAGACAUCCAUGCAUUCAGCAUCCUCGCGAAAGGUUACGUGCGAGCUGGGGAACCAGAGAAUGCUCAGUCGGUUCUGGCAUCAAUGGGACACUACAACGUGCGCCCAAACUUAGUAAUAUGCACCACCAUCAUCAGCGGCUGGUGUAGUGCUGGAGAAAUGGACACUGCAAUGGAAGUCUACGAGAGGAUGUGUGAGAUAGGGAUUUCGCCGAAUUUGAAAACGUUCGAGACUCUAAUAUGGGGAUAUGGAGAGGCCAGACAGCCAUGUAAAGCACAGGAGUUGCUGCAAGUGAUGGAGGAGAAAGGAGUGUCUCCAGGGAAGAGCACUAUGCAACUCAUUUCAGAUGCCUGGCUAGCCGUUGGUUUAACAAGUGAAGGCAAGAGAAUUGUGAAUGAAGGAGAAGAAGCAGCAGCAAAUUCUAAGGUUGCUUUAGAUACAAGAGAGGAUGAGUUCCCGAAAGACCUAGAUCUCUCGGUCUCUUAUUCCAACGUGUUGGAGUUUCCUGGAGAUACUCUGAAGGGUCCAAAUGGAUCAACAUCUCCUGUUGUUAAGAUGAGAAGCCAAAUAAUUCUGAAAAGCCCCAGGUCUGCAUCAGAGACCUUAUUGCCAAGUCAGAAAUCAAAGUUCUUUUUUCGUGCAUCUGGUUUUGGAAGGCAGCCACGAGUUAUCUGUAGAAGGCAGGAUCAAAGCUUUUCUUGCAUUUGUGGGAAGUUCAUGAGAUCAUGUGGCAUCUUGUCCAUGAGUUACCUGCUUCUAUGCUUGUAAGGUGUCGAAGAAGUGAAGAACAGUAUGCAGUAGUUUGGAAUGAACUCUCAGAAGUGCUUCCUGAAGUUGUAGAUACACAUUUGUUGUUGUAUUGUAAUUGAAACCACAGUGCUUAGCUUCUUUUGUUAUUGACUACACAUGUAGCCCGUAGGUAACAUUGUAUGCAAAUAUCUCCUCGAAUUGCCUUACAGCUAUAUCCAGAUGGGUAGACAUGUUCAUAAACUAUAAUGUGCAGCAGGCAGAUCGUGCUGCUGUUAGCCUCAAUGCCGUCUUGUGGAUCACAAGAUAAGGUUUGCGUCUUGCGAUUUUUUCCAGUGAGUUCUAGCCGGUAUAGUUUGCUCUUUAGAGUAGGGAUUAAUCACGUAACUCUAGACAUAGAUCAUUGUGGAUCACAAGAUAAGUUUUGCGUCGCUUGCAUCUUUUCCAGUGUGUUUUUACCUGCAUAGUUUGCUCUUUAGAGUAGAGCAGAGAUCGAUCAAGUAACUCUAGACAUAGAUCAUUGGUAUUGGAUGUGUGUAAAAUAUGCUUGUUCAUGAAACUAUACUCCAACAGUGGCGGAGCCAGGUUGUAAACUAGGUGUGUCCUUUUUUAAAAAUCUAACUAAUUUUUUAAUAAUUAAAAUUAAAAUUGAAUGGAAACUAGCGGACUGAAAAAGAGAGAGCCCAGUAACAGAGGCUUCUGUUUAAACUUCAUAGUUCUUGGACAAAAUUGAAUAAAAUAAUUGAGAAAAAAUAACCCAAAUAGAGAUUUAUUUCAAUUGAAGAUUUCAUUAAUAGCGUAUAAAUUAAUUUUAUAUCAAUCAAAUAACAAAACUUAAGUAAUGGUAAAAUACUUUUAUACUAUAUCAAUGUGAUGAAUUUGAAUAUUUUAUCCAUUACAUCUUAUCUUAUCUUAUCUUACUAUAUAUUAUGGUUGUUCAAAAGCAGCUUCUUGCCACAUAAGCACUUGAAGAGUUCACAAGUUGCCAAGGUGAAAAUUUUUCCUUACAAACAAAAAAGUUAGUUAAUGAUCUAUUUAUGGUGUUAUCUCUAUCUUCUUUUAAUGAUUCUUUCUUCUUUUCUUCUAUAAUUCAUGUUUCUUUUUGUUUUUAUAUUAUAUCUAUGUUUGUAGAGUGAUACAUAUUGUAUUUGUUUAAAUCAAAAUAUCUUAUUAAACUUUAUCAAGUAAAUUUUCUACUCAUUUUUACUAAACUUAAUAAUAAGUUACAUUUUAUUGAAAAUUUUAAACAAACACAUACAUAAAUAUUAGGACUUUGCUACAAUGACAUGCAUGCCACCGUAACAUAGACUUUUCAGUCGACCUAAUCCUAAAGGAGGUCGACCGAAUGUGCUAUUUCAGUAAUGUUAGGUUCAGCGACGCAGUCGACCGUCUAAAUAAAAUGGUCGACCUCUUUGGGGGUCGAACAAAAUGAAAGGUAGACCCAAAUACCUUAUAGGACGACCCUUUUGCACCUAAUAGGUCGACCGCAUUCGUACGAUGUCGACCGCAUGCACACCGUAUCCGUAUUGGAUUAGGAUUCCAACACCAGGAAGGUUCCACAAUUGGACAAGAAAACAAAUUGGGUCGA